UGGAGUGCUCCAUCUGCUUCAGCCAGUUCAACAACAUCUUCCGCUGUCCCAAGAUGCUUCAGUGCAAGCACACCUUCUGCCUGGAGUGCCUGGCACGCAUCAACGUCAAGUCGGCCGAGCCCAACGCCAUCCAGUGCCCGCUGUGCCGCGGCCUCACGCCUCUGCCCACCCUCGGCCUUCCCAAACUGGCCACGAACUCAGACAUGCUGUCGUACCUGCCGGCCGCCAUGCAGAGAGUCUACAGCAUCCGCUUCCAGCGCAGCAAAGGGAAGCUGCAGGUCAAAAGCUCAUCUCAAGGUCAUCAGCGGUGGGGUCAGAGGUCACUGACAUCUCUUCGGUCUGUGAACCGCUCUCUGGAUGUGGGGCUUCCCAGCCCGCCUGUCACGGGUCCCAGCGAGGCCAGCGGCAUGGGCGGAGCUCUGUUCAGACUGACGGGCCGGCCGGCGUGCCGAGCCUUCCUCCUGACGUCCGUGGUAAUGAUGAUGGUGCUGCUGACGGGCAUCAUCAUCUUCCUCCUCACCUUCAGUGACAAGGGCAUGUGUUUCCUGUCGGAGCUGCAGCUCCGCUCCUCGCUCUUAACCAAAUUCUCUAAACAGAAGUCAUGCAAAUAGACCCGUGUUCCUGUUAGUCUGACGCAGAGAGCAGAGGAUUUUCAUACAAAUGUUAAUAUGUGACGGUGGCUGGAACAACUGAACCUCGAGACACAUGGAGAGUGUAAAGGGUUAGUUCACCCACAUUACAAAAAUACAUUUGCCAAAGGGAUAGUUUGUAUGUUUAGAGGUGGGGUUUUAUGAGGCACUUAUUCUGUCACACACUGUAGAUGGCAUCGGCACGCCCCCAGCUCAAAGAGGCAGGCUGGAGUACCACCACAGAAGCUAAGGAAUGUACUGCUGCAGACGGAGACGGCAGCAAAAUGGAUUCUAGCCACCUAAAAACAAAAACACACAAAGAUCUGUCUGAUUACCUGUGCACCAUAUUAAGGACAUUUUCACCACUUUACCUUAAUGUCAGACAACGAUUUCCAACAAGGAACUGAAGCCGUUGUAUUGCUCUCUUCAAAGCCAGACUCUGCCGCUGAGUGGUUAUUUUAUUAGUGUUAAUGUGUGACUUCAGUGUUUUAAAGGGAUAGUUUGGAUUCACCAAAGUCUCACAACAGCACAAACUAACUGAUCACAGCAGCGUUAGACCGGCAUCCCUCAUCCCGAGCCAUCUCGUGUUGCCGCUUCGUCAGUGGCCUCUCACAUCUACACAUUACACGCUAGGUAUCCUCCUGCAUCUGCUGUUGAGGUUAUGGGAUGCCACAACCAGCGCCGGGAUGUCACCAAAUGCACAUGGUUAGAUUAAGAAAAAAACAUCAUGGUUUGGCUUUUCAACAAUACAGGAAGCGAACAUCCAUCCACAACCCCUCCUGUCCGUCCUUACCAGCAGCGUUUCAACCUGACACCAUCCAGUGGCGAAUCAUAACUCUGCGCAACGUUACGUCCGGCCGCGUUACAAACUGACGCUCCCUGCUGGUGUAUUAUACCACCAGGAAGGGUAGCUUUUGGCGUCCGGUGUCUGAUGCUAAAACCACUGACAAGGCGGCAGUAUUUGAUGACUUUGGAAUGACGAGGGUAGACCAGUGUGUUAAAUCACUGGAGUGUAAUGGAGUCUGGAGGCUUUGACAUGAGCAAAGAUGAGGAACUGAAGCUGUUUACAAAAGCGGCUGUCAGACGUUAAGGUACAGUGGUGAAAACAUUCUAAUAUAUCCAAACUAUCCCUUUAACCUCUAGAGACCUCUCUACAAGCAGGUAGUUUUUGGUUUUAUUCGACCACGUCUGUAGAUUUCAGCCUGACACAGUGAAGGUGAAUAGAUUCUGUUCUUUUAAAUGUCAUUCACUGCAUCACAACAAAGUAAAUCCCAUUUAGAAUCCAUUUUAUGGUGAAAAGACAGAAAUCUGAAAAUGUGGAUGAACAAAACCAAAACUGGAUCGAUGAGUUCACUCUGAAGGCGUAAAAACGUGUCUGGUUGAGGCCGUCGUGCACCUUAAAUUAACUCUUGAGCCUUCCAGCUGAUCUGUGACACCCUGCAGGACGGUCCCUCUGUCUGAUCCACUCGUUCAAUCAGAAACCCGAUCAGAUAGUUUUAACUGAUCGAUCAACAGAUCAGAGACACAUUUCACAUAACACAAUCAUGAAUUUAUUCUUGGGCUCAGCUGAAAACUGCACAAGGAAAACUUUUUCCACAAAUGCUUUGACUUGCAAAUCAAACAAGACAAAAGAGCAACCAUUAAAAUAUGUAUCAUAAAAUGUUAUUCACAGAUAUUUCCAUGAUGGUUUAAGACUGAGUCUGAGGGAAAAAACAUUUUAACCCGAUGUUUCCUUUUGUUUUUGAUGUUUGUAUGUCAUGUGUGUUUUUAGGCUCUGACGUGUUUUACUGUGCAAUGUAAAACGAAAUAAUUUUAUAUAUUUAUACCACUGUUUUAGCAAAGCUUGCACUAUCACUGUGUUUGCCUCAUGUUGAACUUGAAUAAAUUCCUUUUUGAAUUCCAGUUUGUCUUUUUUUAUGAAGCAAAAGAAACUUUUCAGAGUUGAACUUAUUUCUUAAACGGGCAAAAUCUGGAGUCUAAGCUUAAAUAUGCACAUUGUUGUUAAGGUAUCUUAAACUGUAUUUUAAAUUCUGUACACAGUAGAUAAAGUUCUGCAGGUUGGUGAAUGUGGAGCUUAUGUUCAGUCCAGCAGAGUUUUAGAGUUUAAAUUAAUCAGGAGAGAAAAUCAGAGAAAAUGUCUAAGAUUUUUUAAACUAUAAUUUACUACGACUAACGUUUUGCAGCUCACUGCUGGUGCUGACAGGACUCGCAUCAGUGAACAGUCUCUGGUGUUGAGUGUGCCAAAGUCUCCUCUGCUGGUGGAGAACACACCUGUGCAGUGUUUACUGACACUGAAGGCUUUUUCACAGCAGACACUUUGACGUGUAUCAGCAGGUGUAAAUAAUGAAAUGAUUGCUUAAUUCCACUCAGCUGCUUAGAGUUCAGGUUCUCCUACAGCAGGUCAAAAUGUGUGCUGUGAGAAAAGCCUCUGAUGAAUCAGUUUGGUUUAUAUGGUCAAAAUCACACAUGUGCUUCACAGGUUUUACAAUCUCCACAACAUAUAACAGUUUAUUCUGAGAGCCUCGAUUCAGACGAGAGAAACUGAUUGAAAACAUUUUCACUGAAGAUGGGAAGAAACCUCACAGAGAGCAACAGGUGUGCUGUAAAUGGACCUCUGGUUCACCUGGGUCCUGCUCCCCUUUCUCUCCCACCUCUCCUGUCCAUCUACAGCUGUCCUGUCAGUAAAGUUAUCCAGUUAAGGCUCAUGUCCAUGUGUGGCCUGACUGUUUGAAUGCUCACACUGUAAUGCACUCUGCUGCUGACUGUGACAUUUUUGUCUUGGUUUACUUUUAUUAUGAAUAUGGGCUACAGGUGUGGCAUGUCACAUGACGGGCUCAGGGAGCACUUUGGGUAUUUAAGAUGGCAACUUUCUGUCAUGUAUCAGAAGUCUGAGGAAGAGCCUUGUGGCUCUAAACGUCACUCUGCAUUAAAAUCACUCUGAAAGGGAGCUGCUUGUCUUUUACUUUGCCAGACUUUUCUUUGGUCCAGCACCCACUCCACUGGACACUGGGAUAUGUGUGUGUCUUUUACACUGUUUUUAUAUCAGUGAAACUAAAAAUAAUUGUAAAAAAAAGUGUUGUAAAUGUCAACAGGGGUGAAAAAAUGACAAUAUUGUGUAAAUUAAAAAGCAAAAAUGAUCAGAAAAGUAUCACACAGAUAUUAGGAUUCUCUACAAAAUGUGGUGUUCAUCAAAACUAAGAGCCAAUCAGCUCUUCAGUCAGGUGUUUCCCAUCAUGCCCUGGGUCCUGUACUCAGUGGACAGCAGCUGCAGCACCUCAGUCUUGUGAGGUUAUUGUUGCCCACCUGUGCAUGAUGUCAGCAAGUCGAGAUUAAGUCAGACACAAAUCUAAACAUCCUGUGGCGAUUGGCGGUGUUGAGUACUGUGCCAGCCUGUCUCAUCCUGAACGAGCCUGCUGUCUUUGCUUUAACCAAAUCUUCUGAGAUCCUUUUUGUUGUGUUGCACCUGCAGGCAGCCAGCAGGUGGAGCUGCAGCAUCAACAACGACAGAGUAGUUUGUACAAAACCACAGCCUCUCCUGGUUUGUUGCUCAGAUCUGCAGACACACUCCUUUACUCCUCACACAUCCUGUAUGACACAGUGUGGGUGUGUGUGUGUUAAUAGGUGGUAUAAUGACAGUGGAUACACCUUAACACACUGAGCACUUAAACAAACCUGUUUCCAUGGAGACCAGCCAUGUCAAGAGGUCACAUCCUGCACGUCUUCGUCCUGCAGUCGGUCAUGUGACUUCUACCGCCUUCAAACAGAGAACAUGAACAGAGUACCUCCACUCACAGUAACAGUCCUGCUGCCUCUCAGCUGUCCUUCUCCACCCUGAGCAGUACAACACAGCAGGGUGUGGUCACAGGUCAAACUGACCACACCCACCGGCCACAACAAUCAAACAUCACAAAGGGCUGUGGACACAGGUGGAGACGAUGUAAACCAGCAGAGGUAGAGGAGGGACGACAGCAUCACUCCAUUCAGAGAGUGUCCCAAAAUGACAAAGAAGACGGCGCCCAAGCACCCAGGACACACUCCUGUGUCGCUCUGCAGGGCGUGGACAAACAACACACCUUGUCAUUAAAGGUCGAGGCAAACUUUCAACUACCUGACAGACGUGACAUCAAGGAGCAUCAGGCUCAACAGCUGUUGAUAACCGAUGCAGCAUCUGGGACGCUUCAUGACGUCUGAGCAGAGUGUCCUUCAGCUG